CAACAAAAAUAACAGCAACAAAAAUAGCAGCAGCAACAACAGCAAUAGCAAAAACAGCAGCAACAAAAACAGCAGCAACAAAAACAGCAGCAACAAAAAUAGCAGCAACAAAAACAGCAAUAGCAAAAACAGCAGAAGCAACAACAGCAGCAACAAAAAUACAAAAACAUGGAGAAGAAGGUGGAGAAAAAGGUGGAGAAAAAAGUGAAGAAGAAGCUAGAGAAGAAGGUAGAGAAGAAGGUGGAGAAGAAG